UUCCCAAGUAGCCGCUAUAUAUAAUUUUAGUCGAACGAAAUUCUUCUAUUUUUCUCUUGCAAAGACCUCAGCAGCCAACAGUUAUCAAGCUUAAGCCGUUUUAGGGUUUUAUCCUUUUCCUGAGAUCCAAUCAUGGCGGAUGUUGAACCAGAGGUUGCUGCAGCUGGAGUGCCAAAGAAGAGGACGUUUAAGAAGUUUGCCUUCAGAGGAGUAGAUCUCGAUGCUCUUCUUGACAUGUCUACUGAUGAUCUUGUCAAGCUCUUCUCUUCUCGUAUUCGCAGAAGGUUCUCUAGAGGUUUGACGAGGAAGCCAAUGGCUCUGAUUAAGAAGCUGAGGAAAGCGAAAAGGGAGGCACCACAAGGUGAGAAGCCAGAGCCUGUGAGAACCCACUUGAGGAACAUGGUCAUUGUCCCUGAGAUGAUUGGAAGCAUCAUUGGAGUUUACAAUGGUAAGACUUUCAACCAAGUCGAGAUCAAGCCUGAGAUGAUUGGUCACUACCUGGCUGAGUUCUCUAUCUCAUACAAGCCGGUCAAGCACGGUAGGCCUGGUGUUGGUGCUACCCACUCUUCCAGAUUCAUUCCCCUCAAGUGAAAAGCUUCUAUUUGGGAAUGGGUUAUCUUGUUCGUUAUAUGUGGAUCUAAGUAUGUGGAUCUCUUGUGUUUUUGAAGCUUUAUAAUGACAUUACUUUUGGAUGUUUUCUCAACUCUAGCUCUUGCGUUUUCAUUAUCAUGUUACAAGAGGAUCUUAAAUCAAAGCACUUUGGAGUUUUGUUAUGGUUUAA